AUGAGUUUUUCCAAAUCAAAGAGAUCCCUAGGUAUGGGUAGACCAAAACUUGUAACGAAGAAUAAACUUAAGAAAUCAAGAAUAGCCAUGGAUGAUGAUGAAGAUGAUGAAGCACAAAUUACUCCACAACCAAGUUUCUUAACCAGAGAAAACCAGCUAUCAAAUUUAUUUUCAUCACAGGAAAAUGGAUUAAAGUACAACAAUAAGAAACCAGUAAAACUGAAACAUAACUUUGAAGAGGAUGGGGAGUUUAUUUACAAGAGAAGUCAAUCACCCACACAACCCCAGUCACGUAAGAAAAGAAAAGUCAAUACACCAAUCAGUCAAUUACAUGAAGAAAUGGAUUUACUUGCUCGAGGAGAUCUGGAUAGUGAUAGCGAAGAUAUAUUUGCUUUAAAGAAAAGUAGAAAGAAAGAAAAACAGCGUCCAAGCAAUAGUCAGUCUAAUGGUGGUACUCGUUUAAGAUCUCCAUUACGUGAUGGAUACAAGUCCGAUGAUUAUAUUGAACAUGUGUCACUGGAAAAACUAGCAUUACAAGAUCAUUCAGAGUUAGGCAACUAUAACAAACGAAGGCAGUCAUAUACAAAUCGUGGAAAAAGAGUUUCCUCGAUUGGGAAUGGGUUUGUUGGUGAACCACAUAAAGAUAUUCCAGUAUCUGAUUAUUAUAAACUUUUAGACACUAGCCUCCCAGCUCCAGAUAGAAUGAGACAAUUACUAGUGUGGACAAUGAAAAGGCAGCUUGAAAAAGAUGAUGACCUUUUGAAACAGAAUCCUCUUGCCAAUCAUACUGCCGCAAGUAUAGCAAGAGUUAUCAAAGAGGAACUAAUAAAUGACCUAAUAGAAAAGAAAAUAUCCACUAGUUGGUAUGAUAAGAAAGACGCUAAUUCGUUGAGUGGGAAAAUCAUCACUGUACCCAAUCCAAUAAAUGAAAGUAACCGUCAGAACAUUGAUUUGUAUUCCAAGAAGGUGAGAGAAUUGAAAAGACAAAAGGAACAAUGGAAAGAAGUUUUCAAGCAAUCUAUUGCUGGUGUUGAAAAUUUACAUAUCACUUUACCAAAUGAUAAUACUAAAUUGAAACAAUACUUGGAAACAGAAAGGACAACAGAAAUAGGUUUGUCUGUUAUUGAUGGGUCGGUUGUUCAAAAGCUUGAACAGGACUGCGAGAAUGUAAAGAAACUGUUUCUGGAAUUACCACCAAUAAUAGACAGAUUAUACUAUGCAUCACAUCAAUUAAACCAGGCAUCAAAAUUGAUUAAUUCUGUUGAAGAAAACAAGUUGGGACCAGAAUUGAACCAGUAUCUACAGUCUUAUGUUUCUACAACUAAUCCACCAUCAGAAUCAAAAGCAGAACAAGAAUCAACAGCUGAAACUUCCAAUAAGUUUGAUACGAUGGCUUUGUUGAAAGCGAUUUGUUAUGUUGAGACAGUGAGAGACAAAUCAAAGGACUAA